GCCCUCCACUCCAGUCGCUCCCGGCCCUCCCUCUCCUCCCGCUCUGCCUGCCCCUCUCCUCCUCCUCUUGUCUCUCCCUCCUCCUCCCACUCCUCCUCCUGCUCCUCCUCCCGGGGUGGAUGGCGGCGGCCAGAGUUGGAACCCCAGCCGCGCUGCCCAUUCAGAAGCUAGAAUCAGAGAGGAAACUUACCAAGGUUGCAUGUGCUGGAGUCAAAUCUUGAAUUCAGAGACGUCUUAUCUGAUUCAUUGACAAGACCACAAUCUGAUCCCAAAGAUGUGCUCCACGAACCCAGGGAACUGGGUCACAUUUGAUGAUGACCCCACUUUUCAGUCCUCUCAAAAGUCAAAGAAUUUCCCUUUGGAGAACCAAGGCAUCUGUAGGCCAAAUGGACUUAAACUGAACCUUUCUGGUCCUAAGGAAUUUCCCAGUGGAUCUUCCUCCACCAGCAGUACCCCCCUUUCCUCUCCCAUCAUAGACUUUUACUUCAGUCCAGGACCUCCAAGUAACUCUCCUCUUUCUACACCUACCAAAGACUUCCCAGGUAUUCCUGGCAUCCCCAAAGCAGGGACUCAUGUGCUUUAUCCUAUUCCAGAAUCAUCUUCAAACAGUCCACUUAUCCCAGGAGCAGAUUCUUCCUUAUUGCCUUCUAAACCAACCUGUUUAACCCAUGCUUCCUUACCCAAUGACCACUCGUGUAUACAUGCAGCUCCCAAAGUGGGCCUUUCAGAUGAAACAAGCCCUCGCCAGGCUGAAAGCCCAGGGUUCCAGAGUGAUACUCCCCAGUUUCAGUAUUUUCGGGAGGACUGUGCCUUUUCAAGUCCAUUUUGGAAAGAAAAAGGCAGUGCUUCCCAGCCUACCUUUGAUCCUUCAGGAAGCAGAAAGACAUUUCCAGCAAGAGACAAAGAGAUACCCAUUGAUCAAAAAGGCUUAAAUCAGGGUUCACUCAACUACAUCUGUGAGAAACUCGAACAUCUCCAGUCCGCUGAGAACCAAGACUCAUUUGGAAAUUUGUCUAUGCGGUGUCUGUAUGCUGAAGAUGCUGCCUCUUCCUUUGUCCCCCACAUGCUCUUCAGGAGUCAGCCAAAAGCUGGAUGGUCUUUCAUGCUGAGGAUUCCUGAGAAGAAGAACAUGAUGUCUUCUCGCCAGUGGGGGCCAAUUUUUCUAAAAGUCUUACCUGGAGGAAUUUUGCAGAUGUAUUAUGAGAAGGGAUUAGAAAAACCAUUUAAAGAGUUACAGCUCGAUCCAUACUGCAGACUUUCUGAUCCCAAACUUGAGAACUUCAGUGUGGCAGGAAAAAUCCAUACUGUAAAGAUCGAACAUGUGUCUUACACAGAAAAAAGGAAAUACCAUUCUAAGACAGAAGUAGUUCAUGAACCAGACAUAGAACAGAUGCUGAAGUUGGGGUCCACAGAGUACCACGACUUCCUUGACUUUCUGACCACUGUGGAGGAGGAGCUGAUGAAGCUGCCAGCUAUUUCAAAACCAAAGAAGAACUAUGAAGAACAAGAAAUUUCCCUGGAAAUUGUGGACAACUUUUGGGGUAAAAUCACUAAAGAAGAAGGAAAACUGGUUGAAAGUGCUGUGAUAACUCAAAUCUUUUGCCUCUGCUUUGUGAAUGGGAACACAGAGUGCUUUUUAACCUUGAACGACAUUGAGCUGCAGAAGCGUAAUGAACACUAUUUUGAAAAAGACCCAGAAAAGAAGAGGAUUGAUAUUCUUGACUACCAUUUUCAUAAGUGUGUAAAAGCACAGGAAUUUGAGCAAUCCAGAAUUAUUAAGUUUGUGCCUCUGGAUGCCUGCCGGUUUGAGCUGAUGCGUUUCAAGACUCUGUAUAAUGAGGAAGAUCUUCCCUUUUCACUCAAGUCUGUCGUGGUUGUCCAGGGGGCAUACGUGGAGCUUCAGGCCUUUGUUCACAUGGCCCCAUUGGUCCAGAGACCAUCCCAUGCCAGUUCCUUGAGGUCCUGUGACAACAUCAUGAUACACUUUCCAGUCCCUUCACAGUGGAUCAGCCUCUGGACCAUGAACCUCCAGAGGCAGAAGUCCCUGAAAGCCAAAAUGAACCGCCGGGCAUGUCUGGGGAGUUUACAUGAACCUGAAUCUGAACCUGUCAUACAAGUCACUGUGGGGUCAGCAAAAUAUGAGAGUGCCUACCGGGCUGUGGUAUGGAAGAUAGACCGGCUUCCCGAUAAAAAUUCAAGUCCUGAUCAUCCCCAUUGUUUGUCAUACAAACUAGAACUUGGAUCAGACCAAGAAAUUCCCUCUGAUUGGUAUCCAUUUGCUACCGUUCAGUUUGGGAUUCUUGACACCUUUGCCUCAAGGACAGAGGUCAGGUCUCUGGGGGUGGAGAGUGAUGUCCAGCCACAGAAACAUGUUCAUCAGCGAGCUUGCUACAACAUCCAGGUUGAAAUAGAAAAGAAGUGGAUUAAAAUCGAUGGAGAAGACCCAGAUAAAGCUGGAGACUGUGUAACUCAGUAGGAGUAGCAAGAGUUGGUGCUGAUGACCUGCUUUUCAAAUCUGCAGUUCACAGAAGCCACACAAAGUUCUACUACUGUACGGUGGAAAUGACAGGUCCAAUAACUAUGUUCCGAGAAGUUUAGAACUGAAACUGAACUAUCUAUAUUUUAUGCUUUUGAUAGGUUUGUAUCCUAGGAGUUUGGUCUAAAAUGGGUCUAUAAUUUUCAUGAUGUUUUUCUUUCCUAGUGAAACUCAAAGGCAUUCUCAUUCAGUGUGUGACCUGACAGCCCCUUGGUUAAAGCAUUUUUGAUUUUUGAUUACUCCGUGGCUCAUUGUUUUGCAGCAUAGAUUACUUGGGUGCCAUAUGUAGUAUCCUCCAGUCCCCAUCUUUAUUGUUAAAUUAGCAUCUGCAGUGGAGGAGAAGGCAAAGGAGACAGAAACCAAGACACUUAAUUUUUCCUCUUGCUCUGCUCCGAAAUGUGACUAGUUGUAGAACAAUGUUGAAACCACAGGCUAGAAUGGAGAUAAGGACCUAUAUCUGAUUCUGAAUUGUUUAUCUUCCUGUCCUAUUACUGCAUUGGUGAGUAAUCAUCAGCUAUAUUUUUUGCCUGUUUUUCCCCACCUGUAUUAUUAUUUUCAAAAUGUAUUUCUAUUCUGGUGUGUGUUGCAAUGACGCUAGUUCUGUUGAUAUACAUGUUUUAGUACAAGUCACUAAGACAUACUGCCAUUUGCUUGGAGUGAUUCCUUUCAAAAUGGCAUCCCAGUAUUGGACACUAGUUAAAAUAUUUAUAGGUUAAAAAUGAAUUUUUAAAGUUCAUGAAUAUUUUCCAAAAGUGCAGACUCUAAGAAUGUAUUCUGAUAAAGUAUUGUUUGUAAUUAACACAGGCCUCUCUGGAGUGGAAGUCUAAAUCAUAUUAUUAUUUUAUGCCACUUCCACGAUCAUGCUAUUUAUGCUAAUUCUGCUUGGAGUCUUUUUCUUUAUAAGAUGAGCAAAGUGAAAGACACUAGAUUAUUUUACCUAGAUUUCUAAGAAGUGACAUUUCUCUUCUUCAAAGUCAGGUAAAUGUUUGUUUUUUAAUGAAAAGCCAGUGGUGUUAGUAGUUAUAAUUCUGUUUAUAAUUUCCUUUCAGCAUUUACAGUGAAAGGUCAGAGUUUUAAAUUUAUGAAAUCUAUAUACUAGGUAUUUUUUGUCAGAAAAAGAUGUGGAAAAAACUUGUGGUGUUAGUACACCCUCAAUUUAUGUUGAUCCUUAAAUAUGAUUAGGAGAUAUUUUUCUCUGUUUACUAGAUUUAAGUCAAAACUGAUAUAAUCGUGUUUUUCCAAACAACAUUAUUUGUUGGCCUGCAAAGUCGAUCUCAUACAUUUCAUUUAAUGUUACAUCACAUUCAGUUUAAUCUGCUCAAAAUGCAGAUUAAAAGCAACACUUAUGAUGGUCUGUAUCCAUCAGCAGAUUUAAUGCUUUUCAUUAUUUUACUGUAAAGGCAAAGAAUGCAAAAGUUGACUUAAAAUGAAUUGGUAUUGCUCUUUUUAACUUCACUUGAUGUAUUGCUCAUAAUAUCAUUUGCUUGAGAUUCACUGUUGAUGUAUAGGAGAGUAAAUCUAUGUGUGUGUCAUUUAAAAACAAAAACAAAAACACCGCAAACUUCACCAUCCUGCCUCUUUGGUGUGGCCUGUUCUGGACUGACUUCAGUCCUCUCAGAACACCUAUGGAGGCAGGUCAAACCUGAAGCUGCUGCAGGAUCCCAGGGACGUUAGCUGGGUUAAUUACCACUGUCCCUUUCAAAUCUGUUUUAUGGCAUCCUGCCCAUUAAGAACUCAGAGUCUGAUUCAGAUGAACUUAAUGAAUAUUUACACCUCAAAGUCAUUUCAGCAUAGGGUUCAAUUAAUGUCUCCUCAGGCUUCACAGGUGCCGGUAUGUGCAGGUACCUCACUGCUGGGGUCAUUUAUUCACCAGCCUUCCAGCCUUCAGGAGCAUUUCAAGCUUCGGUGCUGGAAAUAUAACAAAAGGCUGCCUGAAGCCUGAGUUGAGUUUCUGCGGCAGUGCAAAGGUUGAUGGCAGGAACAGCGGGGCACUGCAGCAUAAUUGUUGAUUUGCACAUCUAUUAGGAUCCUUAAAUAUUCAUUACUUAGCAUUAAAUUAACAUUUUGUGUAGGUUGGAGAGGCUCUUUAAUACAAUUCUUCGGACCUCAGAAAUGGCGGAAGGUCAAAUGUGAUGGUGAUGCUCCAAGUGAAAAACCAGGUUGGGUCCGUUUAGACUUAAAAGUAGGUAGAAUCUCCUUUGCCAGGAAGUAAGUGAUGAUCUUCAAAACAAAAAACACCCACUUUUAAGGUCGAGAAGGGGGGAAGAAAUGAGUAGAGGAGGAACUAUUCCUUUCUAGCAUUUCAACUUAGGUAAUUUAGAUCAACGCUUUAUGAGUUCGACCCUUUGGGGGUCAGGUGUUUAAUUGACACAAUGGCAGACGUCCAAGGAGUUGACCAGUUUGGGAUGAAUUGUUCUGCUCUAAUUGGUCUGGUCUGAUUGCCUUACCAGCCAAAGGAUCAUAUUAACUGUAUAAAUGAAUUCAUGGCUUGAUGGUUACCUGAUCAGUUGUACAGAUCUGAAUUUAAGGACAUUUCCUUUUAAUGGGAAUAGAAAUAGUUGAUCCAAUAAAAAGUCUGAAAAGAAAAAAACCUUUCCGGCAUAAAUAAAAGCUGGCAUUUUUGAUCCGAUUUAUAUAUUUGGCAGUUCGAGGAUUUUUAGUUCCCUUCAUUCUGGAUCCGUGUUUAUGAUAUAGCCCUUUCCCUAGUAAAUUCAGUUAGAAGGCCUUCCUUAAUAAUGACUAAGUAUUAUUAUAUCUUACUCAAAAUAUGAUUUUGUCAUAUCAAUACAAAUAUAAAACAAGAUUGAGCCUUAAUAACCAUGUAACAAAGUAUUUUGUAGAUCGUGUAUUGAUUUUUUAAAAUUAAAGAUGUAUUUCAAAUUAUUUGUGCAGUACACUGGACUUAUAUCUUCUUUUCGUAAGGUCUGGGGCUAUUUUUUUUUUUUUUAAGGUAUGAAAUCAAUUUCAAUAACCUUAAACAAUUGACUCUCUGUCAGGCAAGUGUAUACUGCUUCACUAUUAAGGAGGCAGUGAACACGGUGUUUUGGCACAUCUUGGAAACAUAGCACCAUCACACUACCAUUUGUGAUGUUAAAGGAUGCUUUUUAAAAGAGGAUCUCGUCAUUACUCUUACAAAGAAAUGAUAGGAGCCCGUGCCCAAGGUUUUACUUAACUCAUUAAAUAAUGAGGGAUCUGGUGAGAUGUUACAGGUGGUUCCAAGGAUUAUUCAAAGCACAGAGACAUAUAUAGGAAAUAAGGAAUUCGGAAAUGAAUUUUACAAAUAGAUGCAAAAUGGAUCUAUCCACAGGGCGACAUCAAUAAUCAAUUUCCCCUCCCUCUGCACGAUUCAUUUGCAUUUGCCUUGGACAAGGAUCACGUACGUUAUUAUCAGUUUUCUAAAACUUACAGAGUUGUAAAAUAGCAAUGUGAAGGUGUUGAUAACUUGGAUAAAUGAACUAGUUAGGACACCCUACUAAGCAAAGUCUUUCACAAUUCUUCCCAGCUACAGGGCGGACUUUGUCCACAAGAGGGAGAAUUCUAAGGAAUUUUCAAACUUUGGCACAUAGUAUUGCAGAAAUGAUGUGCAUUUAAAGCAACUUUUUUUGGAGUUCCCGCUGUGGCGCAAUGGGAUCAGCAAUGUUUCUGCAGCUCCAGGACACAGGUUUGAUUCCUCACUCAGUACAGUGGGUUAAGGAACCUGACUUUGCCGCAACUGUGGCUCGAAUCUGAUCCCUGGCCUGGGAACUCCAUAUGCCAUGGGGUGGCCAAAAAAAAAAAAAGGAUUUUUUUUUUUAAAGUCUAGAAAACUAUUUUUACGCAAUUGUACAGAACCUGUUUUAGAUAAGGUGUAUGUUCAGAGGAGGCAUUAAAGAUAGGAAGCUAAAUUAGCUCUAAUAAAAUCAGCCUAGCAAUCUCUCCACCCACUCUGUGUGAGGAAGCUGCCAUGUGUCGGAAUUCAGUUUUUAUCUAGCUAUUAGAGUUGAAUUUCAAAACUGCAUCAGGAAAAUAAAACUUCAUAGAAGCCAGAUGCUUAAGAACUGUUGUAGCCAUCACUGGAAUUAACAAGGCUUGACUCUUGUUGGGCAGAAGCAACAAAGAGAUUAAGUGACAUAAAGUGAUCAUAUUUGUAACAAAAUCCUCCAGCUUCAGUCAAUCAUUUCCUUCUUGUUUUGUCUCAACUCCACCUAGACUUGCCUUCCCCUUUUCGUGUAGACACAGGGAGAUUCCACAACAUUUUGCUGGGUCUCCCCCAUCCUCUGCAGCUCUUGCCCAGGUAAGAACAGGGCUGGGUGUAAUUGAUUGAACCAUAUGAAACUGACAAUAUUGAACCAGUCUUGAUUACAAUUUCUUGGGGCUCAACCUGAUUACCUGCAUAUUUCCCUAGUUUAUAUGAAACAAAAGAUUUUUCUUGUCAUAUUGGAUUAAUAAGUUCCUACAGGACCCCCCCUGUGGCUCACAUCAUAAGUACUUCAGCAUUGUCUCUGCAGUGGCUCUGGUUCGAUCUCUGGACCAGAAACUUCCAUGUGCUGCAGGUGUGGCCACAUGUUAAAAAAAAAAUGUUCCUGCUUAGGCCUGGCAUCUAAAUGUGAAUUUGACAAUGUUUAAAGCAAGUCAGAAUUGCUAGUCAAAAUGCAAAAAAUUGAGUUAACAAAAAAUAACCUAGAAAAAAGCUCCAGGUGAUAUUAUGCUUUAAAAUCAUGUUCCAUCUCUAAGGAAAAUGGAUUAGAUGAGUUUCCACCAUGUUUUAAAAGAUUAAAGUUCAUUUCUAUGAGGCUUCCUGAGGAAGAAAUGCAAACCACCACUACACUUCGUGGACCGUAACCUUUCCUUCAUCCUCACCUCAUCUAUUUGCUUCAGAAGAGCCAUUAAAACCUCAGGUGAGAGCAUAGCAUAUGUAAAUAAUAUGAUUGUGUGUGUUGAUGAUUUUCCUGAAAAGCCCAUUUUUGUACUUACCCAGAAUUGCUGUGGAUUCCCUGUAAUACAAUUUGCGGUGUACUCUUGAAACAGAAGAGGGCGCUCGCAGGCAAGCUGCUGCUACCCCGAAGGAGAAACAGCCUUUGAAUUUGGAAUUUGGUUGUGCUUGUAUUAUGAUUAAUAAAAGAUCUUGGGGGCACUUUUUAAAGCAUUUCAAAGCAUUGUGAAUCCAGUGGAGUAUAAUUAAAAUUAAUGCAAUAGACAAACACUUUAAAGUAUUCUUAAUGCCUUGUCUAAAAAUGCUGUUGAAUACAAUUUUGCACAUCCAGAAGAUUUAAAUACCAUACUUAAUCUCUAAACAUUUCUAAGUACUAAAGAGACAGAAAAAAAGAGUGCCUUCCUUCUCAACACAUUUCAAGCAAACUUAUUCUAAUGAUAAUUAAUACACUCCAAAUCUGCUUACUUUAAAAGAUGUAUAAAAUGUUAUAAUGAAUCCAUCCUAUUGGACUUCUGAGCUUCCAGGUGCUUGAAUCAAGGUCAACGUGGUCUCUCAAAAGCUCCAGCCCAGGAUUGUACAUAUAGGUUCUUAAGGAAGAACAAGCAAACAUGUGCUUUCAGGAGAAUAUUCCAUGCCACCUUGACUCAGGGACAAGCCUUUACCCUGUUUAGUCUUCUGAAAUCAGUAAUGAACAUUGUUUUUUCAAGAUGGACUCUGUUUUUCUCUCAUAAAUCUUUCUGGGUGGAUGACGUCUUUCUAUUAUAAAGCCUGGGAACAAUGCAUUUUCAAAAAUCUUAGAGCAUGAGUAAGUCUAUGAAUGUGGCUAAAACAUUCGGCGUGACAGGUGGUAUCUUCCACACUGAAGUUCAGAAGGCUUGUUUAAGACAUUGGGUGCCUUAAGUGGUUACUAUGAAUCACCUCAAAAUGCUAUGUGAGCAUCGCUCCAAUUAAUUGUCUUACUGAUGCUGAUGUUUAUUAUCUUCCAUGUGCCUGCAUUUUUUCUAGGCACUGGGGAUAAGUAAUCACAAAAAUAGUAAAUUCCUGUUCUUGUAGAAGACAUGUAAUAGUGGGAGAAGUCAGACAAUAAACAGAUAACAAGUUGUGCUCAUUGCUGUGCAGAAAAAAAAAAAAAAAA